UUCCGCGCCCCCAGCAGACGAGGGAGGACUGGCCCCCGCCUCCCAACACCGGGGCUGGUGAGGGGGACCCCGUCCCCCAAGCCUCGAGCAGGUGAGGGAGGCCCCCGCGCGCCCGGAGUCCGGACGGCCGCCGGGGCGGGGCGUUGCCUGGCCGACCGGUUGCGUAGCAACGGCGGGCGGUGCGUGACGUGCGCAGCCGCGCUUCGCCCGUGGCGCGCCCGCCCCUCUUAGACUUGCGCCGCCGCGUCAGCUCCGCGCUCGGUCUCUCGGCCCGCAGCGGUGAGGAGGACGUUCUGCAGUCUCCGCGCCCGCCGGCUCCGUCCUCUGCGUUCCUGCGACCACCGCGGUGAAGAUGGCCUCAGGAGUGCAAGUUGCUGAUGAAGUAUGUCGCAUUUUUUAUGACAUGAAAGUUAGGAAAUGCUCCACACCAGAAGAAAUCAAAAAAAGAAAGAAGGCUGUCAUUUUUUGUCUCAGUGCAGACAAAAAGUGCAUCAUUGUAGAAGAAGGCAAAGAGAUCUUGGUUGGAGACGUUGGUGUAACCAUAACUGAUCCUUUCAAGCAUUUUGUGGGAAUGCUUCCUGAAAAAGAUUGUCGCUAUGCUUUAUAUGAUGCAAGCUUUGAAACCAAGGAAUCCAGAAAAGAAGAGUUGAUGUUUUUUUUGUGGGCACCAGAACUUGCACCUCUGAAAAGUAAAAUGAUCUAUGCGAGCUCCAAGGAUGCAAUCAAAAAGAAAUUUCAAGGCAUAAAACAUGAAUGUCAAGCAAAUGGGCCAGAAGACCUCAAUCGGGCUUGUAUUGCUGAAAAGUUAGGUGGGUCCUUAAUUGUAGCCUUUGAAGGAUGCCCUGUGUAGAUCAUCAUUCAGUGCCACAAAUUGAAAGCUUCCGUGUUUAAUGUUAUCCUCUUGCUAUAUAAAUAAAGCAAAAAUAUAUUUAGGCCAGGGUCUUACUGAGGGGGAGCUGUCUUGUCAUCUUUUAAACUAAAUAUUCUAUGAACUUGUGCAAACAGCCCUAAAUAAAUCUAAAUUCUAAAGUUUUA